AUGCUCAGCAACACCAUCCGUGCAUUCAGAAGCCAAGCCGUCAAGGCUCCUAGAGCUCUCUCUAGAAACUAUGCAUUGUCCGCUAAGGCCCAAAGCUUGAUGUCACAGUCCGUCAACGAAGUCGAUCCAGAGAUGGCUGAUAUCUUGCAACAAGAAAAGUCCAGACAAAAACAAUCGAUCACCUUGAUUCCCUCGGAAAACUUCACCUCCAAGGCUGUCAUGGACUUGUUGGGAUCCGAAAUGCAAAACAAGUACUCGGAAGGUUACCCUGGCGAAAGAUACUACGGAGGUAACGAGAUCAUCGACAAGGCCGAAGCCUUGUGCCAAAAGAGAGCCCUCGAAGCAUUCGAUUUGUCUCCACAAGAAUGGGGUGUUAACGUUCAAUCUUUGUCUGGUGCCCCAGCCAACUUGUACGCCUACUCCGCCAUCUUGGAGGUCGGCGACAGAAUCAUGGGUUUGGACUUGCCCCACGGUGGUCACCUUUCCCACGGUUACCAAACCCCAACCAGCAAGAUCUCGUACAUCUCCAAGUACUUCCAAACCAUGCCUUACCGUUUGAACGAAGAAACCGGUAUCAUUGACUACGACACUUUGGAAGCCAACGCCCAGUUGUUCAGACCAAAGAUCAUUGUUGCUGGUGCAUCUGCUUACUCCAGAGUCAUCGACUACAAGAGAAUCAGAGAAAUCGCCGACAAGGUCGGAGCCUACGUCUUGAGUGAUAUGGCCCACAUUUCCGGUUUGGUUUCUGCUGGUGUCACUGACUCUCCAUUCCCAUACUCCGACAUUGUCACCACCACCACCCACAAGUCUUUGAGAGGUCCAAGAGGUGCCAUGAUCUUCUUCAGAAAGGGUAUCAGAAAGGUGACCAAGAAGGGUAAGGAGAUUCCAUACGACUUGGAGAGAAAGAUCAACUUCUCGGUUUUCCCUGCCCACCAAGGUGGUCCUCACAACCACACCAUCUCUGCAUUGGCGGUAGCCUUGAAGCAAACUUCUUACCCUGAGUACAAGCAGUACCAACAGGAGGUUGUUUCCAACGCCAAGUCCUUCGCUUCAGCCUUGGAGUCCAGAGGUUUCGAGUUGGUCUCUGGUGGUACCGACACCCACUUGAUCUUGGUUGACUUGAGAUCCAAGGGUAUUGAUGGUGCCAGAGUGGAAGCUGUGUUGGAAAGAGCCAACAUUGCUGCCAACAAGAACACUGUUCCUGGUGACAAGUCUGCUUUGUUCCCAUCCGGUUUGAGAGUCGGUACCCCAGCCAUGACUACCAGAGGUUUCGGACCUGAUGAAUUCUCCAAGGUGGCUGAGUACUUCCAAAGAGCAGUUGAGAUUUCCCUCAAGUUGAGAGACCAAGAACAGGGUAAGGUUGCUAAGGAACAAUUGGCUUCCUUCAAGGAAUUGGCCACCCAGAGUGAAGAUGUCAAGGCAUUGGCCAAGGAAGUGUCCGAAUGGGCUGAAAGCUUCCCAGUUCCUGGUGACUUCUUGUAG